ACUGACCACUAUUUUCCUUUGGCCAUUCACGUGUUAUUUAAUUUAUAGUAUAAUAUUAAUUAUCUUGGACUUUUCUUAUUUAAAAAACUACUGGAAAACCAGACAAUUUUUUUUCAUCAUUGUAAUAAUAGUAUUAAGUUGACGUAAAUUGUAUUUUCUAAUAAGUUAAUAGUAUGUCAAGAUUUAUGAAUGGAGUAUUGAAUAAAGUGCACAAAAGCGUUGUGAGUGUUGCCAUUGGAUUAACGGUGAUAUCCACUGGAGUAUUUAUGUUAAGAUCUUACGAAAUUCUAUUCGUACCAGUUGACCAAAGAGUUAAAGCUCGACAAGAGGUCAAUGAAUUGUUAAACAACGAGCAAUUGCUGCAUAACGAAGAAUAGAUUAUAAUGCGGUUUUACAAGUAUUGUGAUUUAGUCAACGCUAAUACUAACUAUGCAAAUCGGAUGAAGAUGCUCAGCAAUCGUAUUUUUGGUGAUGUUGUACGGCCAACUAAUGAAAAAUCUAUGAGGGUAGUGAAAAUGUUUAGUGAAGAACCAUUAUACAAAAAAGAAAAUGUUAUAAACUACUAUCCUCGUCAUAUAGAGACAGGAUUAUUAAUGAAGAAACUCCGAGAAUAUGGUUUGUUUAGAGAUGAACAUCAAGACUUUAUUGAAGAAAUGAGAAGACUCAAAGCUCUUAGGGGAAAAGUGUUUGUUAAAGGAGAAAAAAAAAGAAAAGCAAAGAGUAUUUUAUAACAUCAGUCAUUCAAAGUUGCAUUUUUGUAUUAAAAAUUACCAAUAUGUUCUUAGAAUUGUGUAUUUAUGUCCAAUCAAUUUUUCUUAGAAAAGUUUUUGUAGUUAUGUGUUAAUAAAAAUAUGAUUAUGA